UUCUCGCGUCAGUCUAUAAAAGCGAUGACUCGGGCAAAGCUGGCAUGAGUGAGAAAAUAGCUACCUAGCAAGCAGUUCACGUUCGUGCAGUGUGUUGAAACGAAAAGUGGAAAAAAUUGCAAUUGUGUUAAGUGCAUAAAAGAAUAUUAUUGUGAACUUGAUAGUAAAGAAGCUUCAACAUGCAAAUCUUCGUCAAGACUCUGACCGGAAAGACUAUCACCCUUGAGGUUGAGCCAUCCGACACCAUCGAGAAUGUGAAGGCCAAGAUUCAGGAUAAGGAGGGAAUCCCGCCAGAUCAGCAGCGUCUGAUCUUUGCUGGUAAGCAGCUGGAAGAUGGCCGCACCCUGUCGGACUAUAACAUCCAGAAGGAAUCCACCCUCCAUCUGGUCCUUCGUCUGCGUGGUGGCAUGCAGAUCUUCGUCAAGACUCUGACCGGAAAGACCAUCACUUUGGAGGUUGAGCCAUCCGAUACCAUCGAGAAUGUGAAGGCCAAGAUUCAGGAUAAGGAGGGAAUCCCGCCAGAUCAGCAGCGUCUCAUCUUUGCCGGCAAGCAGCUGGAAGAUGGCCGCACCCUGUCAGACUAUAACAUCCAGAAGGAAUCCACCCUCCAUCUGGUCCUUCGUCUGCGUGGUGGCAUGCAGAUCUUCGUCAAGACUCUGACCGGAAAGACCAUCACCCUCGAGGUUGAGCCAUCCGACACCAUCGAGAAUGUGAAGGCCAAGAUUCAGGACAAGGAGGGAAUCCCGCCAGAUCAGCAGCGUCUGAUCUUUGCUGGUAAGCAGCUGGAAGAUGGCCGCACCCUGUCGGACUACAAUAUCCAGAAGGAAUCCACCCUCCAUCUGGUCCUUCGUCUGCGUGGUGGCAUGCAGAUCUUCGUCAAGACUCUGACCGGAAAGACCAUCACCCUCGAGGUUGAGCCAUCCGACACCAUCGAGAACGUGAAGGCCAAGAUUCAGGAUAAGGAGGGAAUCCCGCCAGAUCAGCAGCGUCUGAUCUUUGCUGGUAAGCAGCUGGAAGAUGGCCGCACCCUGUCGGACUAUAACAUCCAGAAGGAAUCCACCCUCCAUCUGGUCCUUCGUCUGCGUGGUGGCAUGCAGAUCUUCGUCAAGACUCUGACCGGAAAGACCAUCACCCUCGAGGUUGAGCCAUCCGACACCAUCGAGAAUGUGAAGGCCAAGAUUCAGGACAAGGAGGGAAUCCCGCCAGAUCAGCAGCGUCUCAUCUUUGCCGGCAAGCAGCUGGAAGAUGGCCGCACCCUGUCGGACUAUAACAUCCAGAAGGAAUCCACCCUCCAUCUGGUCCUUCGUCUGCGUGGUGGCAUGCAGAUCUUCGUCAAGACUCUGACCGGAAAGACCAUCACCCUCGAGGUUGAGCCAUCCGACACCAUCGAGAAUGUGAAGGCCAAGAUUCAGGACAAGGAGGGAAUCCCGCCAGAUCAGCAGCGUCUGAUCUUUGCUGGUAAGCAGCUGGAAGAUGGCCGCACCCUGUCGGACUAUAACAUCCAGAAGGAAUCCACCCUCCAUCUGGUCCUUCGUCUGCGUGGUGGCAUGCAGAUCUUCGUCAAGACUCUGACCGGAAAGACCAUCACCCUCGAGGUUGAGCCAUCCGAUACCAUCGAGAAUGUGAAGGCCAAGAUUCAGGACAAGGAGGGAAUCCCGCCAGAUCAGCAGCGUCUGAUCUUUGCCGGCAAGCAGCUGGAAGACGGCCGCACCCUGUCGGACUAUAACAUUCAGAAGGAAUCCACCCUCCAUCUGGUCCUUCGUCUGCGUGGUGGUAUUUAAAUGUAUGAAUAAAGCAUUUUAAAAGUUUCCUUGAGCAUCAUAA